AUAAUUAAAAGUACAUGAGCUGAGACUCAGAUCUGUUCAGUGUUCCUUUUUGUAAAAUUUAGAGUGUAAAUUACAGAAUUUGUAAUUUCAAAAUCAAGAAUUUGCUACAGCUGAAAAAAAAUGGCAGGUGGGGCAACAAGGAAAAUUUCAGCAGCUUCAGCUAGGGCUCAUACUCGUAAAGCUAAGCAAAAGACUUCUUUUCCUCUUCCUUCUGGAAUGAUGAGAAAUAUGGUAGCCCUUUUUGGAAUUGUGAUAUUGGCACUGAUUUAUAGGGCAAUUAUGCCACUGCCACCAAAAAUUUGUGGUUCACCAAAUGGACCUCUAAUUACAGCACCAAGAGUGAAGCUUUCUGAUGGGAGAUAUUUGGCAUAUAAAGAAAAUGGUGUUCCUAGAGACCAAGCAAAACACAAAUUUGUUUUCAUCCAUGGCUUUGAUUGUGUUAGACAUGAUGUUGCUUUGCUCACAACUACUUCUCCUGAGCUUAUGCAAAGCUUGGGAAUAUAUAUUGUGUCAAUUGAUAGACCUGGUUAUGGUGAAAGUGAUCCUCAUCCAAAAAGAACGCCAAAGACCUUAGCUCUUGAUAUAGAGGAAUUAGCUGAUCAAUUGGAAUUGGGAUCUAAAUUUUAUGUUAUGGGAUUUUCUAUGGGUGGACAAGCUGUUUGGGGCCUUCUCAAGUAUAUUCCUCACAGAUUGGCUGGAGCAAUUCUUCUAACACCCGUGACUAACUACUGGUGGGGUAGUUUUCCUGCAAACUUGACUAAACAAGCGUACUAUGAACAGCUCGUGCAGGAUCAAUGGACACUUCGGAUUGCACACUAUUUUCCAUGGCUGACUUACUGGUGGAACACUCAAAAAUUGUUUCCUUCUUCCAGCGUUGCAACGUUCAGCGAGGAUAUUCUUUUAGAGCAAGACAGAGUUCUAAUGCCUAUCUUUGAUUCAUAUCAGAAUAAAUAUCGGGACUUGGUAAGACAGCAAGGGGAGUAUGAGUCCAUCCAUCGCGACCUAAUGGUAGGUUUCGGGACAUGGGAAUUUGAUCCGAUGGAACUAGAAAACCCAUUCCCUAACGGGGAAGGCUCCGUUCACAUUUGGCAAGGUGAUGAAGACGGUCAUGUACCAGUCAUUCUACAACGAUUCAUCGCGAAGAAACUACCAUGGAUUCACUAUCAUGAAAUGAAAGGAGGAGGACAUAUGUUUCCAUGGGCUGAAGGAAUGGGAGAUAAAGUCAUGAAGACAUUUUUACUUGGAGAGCCUUUUGUUAUGUAAAAGCUAUGAAGGGCUAUUGGUUUUAGUAUUGGAUUCAAUGAUCUUUUUUGUCAUUGAACAAAUUUGAAUAUUUUGUUAAUAAUUAAAUUCUACUUAAGUCGUUGAGACUCUUCAAAAAUAUUACUGUAUGUAUGUCGAAUCUUCUAAAUGCUAUACAUUUUUGAAGAGUUUGA